AUGUGGGGCAUCUUUGCCCUUUUCGGGGUCCUGCUGCUAAGCAUGGGACGUAAGAGAGUAGACCCAGAGCAGGCCCAGAAGGCUGUAGAUGCGGUACGCAGCGGUGAGAUGUCGCUCCGCGUUGCUGCGAGGACCUACGGGUUACCGCUAGCCUCGCUGCACGACCGUGUGAAGAACAAGGUGGCCAUAGAUGCGAGGGUUGGUCCCGGGACUGUCCUGAGCAAGGAGGAGGAAGAUUUCGUAGAAGACGUCUUGAUCUACGCCUCCCGACACUUCUUGCUGUUGGGUCGGAGGGAGCUGAGAGACGCUGUGCGCAACAUCUGCACCGACGGGCGCAAGGUGCCCUGGGACCCAGACAAGGGCCCUGGGGACAGCUGGCUUGAGGGGUUUAUGG